CCAAGCCUCGAGGACAGCCAUCCUACACCACAAUAUAACUUUCGGAAACGAAGAAAGAUAAACUAUAAUGAGAACGACAAUGAAAGGGAUCAAUUUGAGACCAAUAGUCAACACAUUCAACCAAUAUUUACUACGCCUAACCUUCCAACGAUCCUUCUUAUGAUGAAUUUGUUAUCUUUAUUUCGAGGAUCGAAUGCAGCAAACAUAACACAAUCAAUAAAGUGUACCCAGUCAGGUGUAGAAUUAUACUUACCAACUAGGACACCUUACGAAAUUUGUGUGGAAAACUACUGCAUCCACAUGAAAAAUCCAAAGGCGAACGAGACAAUUCCAUUGCCACCCGAUAUAAAAUUGCAUGAGCACCUUGUUCAAUGGAAAAUCUCGACCAGCCAAUCUACCAUCGAGACAAUGUGUCAAGCAGGUUCCUUCUGUCAAUCAAUUCAGUGUACAAUUUGCAUGAUUAACGCACUGAAUCCCGAAUGUUGGCCAACUAGCGCAAUAGUUACAGUAGCGGUAUCUGCUUAUAUAGUUACAUUAAUGUGCUACUUGUUUUCAUAUAUUUUGAUGGCAUUUUUACACCCAAUAAAAUUACUUAGUAAAGUAUUAGGGGUAAUACUCAACUGUUGCACGCUAACUUACUCAUAUCUCCCCACUCGAAAAGAUAAACCAAUACCAAAGCGUUCGCAACAGAAAAGAAGGCUUGCAGAAAUAAUAGCAGUUUCGUUAACAAUAUCAUCUUUAAUUAUGAAAUCAAGCCAACCAAACGUUCCAAUAAAAAUCGGGGCAUUCACGAUCACUCUUAGUUCAAUAGGUAUUCCCCCAAUACCGCUGCUCAAUACAUUUUUUAUAACCGAUGGUAAAAAUACAUCCGUAUGGAGAACGGAUACACUUCCCCCAUUACAAUGCUCUACACAUUCACAGGCGAGGGCCAUGAAAUGUCCAGUUUUUGACCAAUGCAAAUGCGUACCAGCCGAAAAUCACAUCAACUGCAAUUGUAGAACACUCUCUGUAAAAGCGAUAUUCGAUGAUAUCAGAAGCAAGUUACCUGUGAUUUUUCCCUCAUUAACCUUCCAACAAUAUUUUCAAUCUCAAGUUCAAGCCGUUAUAUCGAGAGAAGUAACGUCAGAAAUAAUAAUGAAUUUCAAAGACACAUUUGUCUCCAAUAUUCUUGUUAAACCUACGAUGAUAUCCUCCAACUACUACACGGAAUACUUCAAGCACUUCACUUCUCUCCACAAGUCUCCUGCAAUACAAGGAGUCGAACAAACAAUAACCUCAACAGUUCAUAGGAUCCACGACCAACUAAUAGUGGCAACGACAUUGAAAAAAGCUUGGGAAGACAACCUUCAAGACGUGGGAGCAAGCAGAUCAAUAGACUACCAAUUUUCGAUGAUGAACAGACUACUGCGGAAUACCAUCACAGCAAGAGAAACACUUCUCCGCUUAACCACUGAAUUCCUUCUCCUCGACUCAAUAAACCAGCUUAGACACAAGUACUCAAAAUCCAGCUCGUCAAUCAGUGCAAUUAAAUCAGAGAGCGUGGCGAGGUCAGCAGAAAGACAGCUGAUACAAUACGGAAAGGAAAUAGACGAGAUGGAAUGGCAUAUUCAGCAAGUUGAAAAAAGAUUCGAGAUCGAGAGGACCUUUUUCAAAGAAGUGAAGAAUAAAAUCAGUGCGAUGGAGAAUCAAAUAGAUGAUUUAAGAAACUCUUCAAGACCUUCAGAGAAUCAAGAAAUGCAAGAAGACAAUGACGGAUCCAAUACGCAAGAAAAACAAGCGCAGGGCUUAACAGAUGAAGAAUACUUACUGAAGUCUCAUACGAGAAACUACCAUGAACGAAAGCAG